UGCGCCGACCGCUGCAAGCGGCGCCAGCUGUCCCCCUCCCUCUUCUUUUGGCCCCUACAUCUUCUUCCGUGUUCCGAAGUCAAUCGCAAGAUUUCGUGUUCCGGUCUAGGAUCUGUCGAAAAAUCUUUCGCUGAAUCUGUCGGGGCGUUUGAAGAGAUCUGCAAAGUUGGAGCUUUUUACACGGAGCCGACCGGAUCGAGCCCGAAAGGAAGGAUCUUGGAGUGACUCAAGCCGGAAUCGGAGAGAUUGGAGCCAGGGUUUUGUUUUGGUACCGGUAACUCGAACACAGAGAGAUUGGAGCCGGCGCGUCGUUUGUUUUUGGUCGCUGGUAACGCCUGUCUGCGAGUACGUUUGAUGCUUGAAUCGGAAUGGGAGUGGACUACUACAACAUAUUGAAGGUGAAUCGGAACGCCACCGAUGAGGAUCUCAAGAAGUCGUACCGGCGCCUGGCGAUGCGGUGGCACCCGGACAAGAACCCCAGUAACAAGAAGGAGGCGGAGGCCAAGUUCAAGCAGAUCUCCGAGGCCUACGAGGUACUAAGCGAUGCACAAAAACGGGCGAUAUAUGAUCAGCUUGGAGAAGAGGGUUUGAAGGGCAUGCCCCCUCCUGGCUCACAAAGUGCGACAUCUAGUGCCUCAAGUGGACCUAGUAACUUUCGAUUUAAUCCUCGAGAUGCUAAGGACAUCUUUGCUGAAAUUUUCGGGAACAGCAGCCCUUUCGGUUUUGAGUCCAUGAAUCGCACAAAGUCCACAAGAUAUCAAACAAAUGGAAGUGGGACUUUUGGUGGGUUUGGUACGACAGAGAGCACCUCUAGGUCAUAUGCUGAGGGAGCUGGUCCUAGUGGCACCCAACCACGGAAAGCGCCAGCUGUGGAGAACUUCCUAGCAUGCAGACUUGAAGAGCUCUACAGUGGAUCAAAAAGGAAGUUGAAGAUCUCUAGGAGUGUCUUGCAAUCUAAUGGACAAUUGGUACCCGAAACAGAGAUCUUAACAAUUGAUAUCAAGCCUGGAUGGAAAAAAGGUACCAAGAUAACUUUUCCGGGCAAAGGUAAUGAGCAAGUGAACCAACUCCCAGCCGACCUAGUCUUCAUCAUUGACGAAAAGCCACAUGAUGUGUACAAGAGGGAAGGCAAUGAUCUCAUCGUCCACCAAAACAUCUCACUUGUCGAUGCACUUGCUGGGACUACAAUAAAUCUUAAGACCCUUGAUGGACGUGAUUUGUCAAUCAAUGUGAACGAAGUUGUGAUCCCUGGCUAUGAACUUGUCGUUGCUAAGGAAGGGAUGCCACUAGCCAAGGAGCCAGGCAAGAAGGGCAACUUAAUUGUCAAGUUUAAUGUGAAAUUCCCAUCGAGGUUGACACCGGACCAACGAGCAGACAUCAGACGCAUCCUGGGAAGUUGACUGCAGAAAAUGUGUUCUUCACUACAAGAGCAAAACCAUCCUGCUAAAUUCUUUGUUUAGGAAAGCUUGAACUUACAUCCAUGUGUCAUAAUUUUUUUUGUGUAUGUCUGUCUAACCCAUUGGCAAAGACCGCAGCAAACUACAAUGUUUAUACUAACCUUGGUUUUGGCUUGUUGACAUUUCUUUUUGGCAUAGGAACUGUAUGGUUCUUUUCUUCCUGCAUGAUUGCAUAAUGAAUCAAGGGGAACGUAUUGUACAAAUUAUGGAAAUUACAGGAACACUGUUUGAUUGUAAAA